AAAACUCUUAAUCAACUCAAUGACAUUGCAAAUGAAUCAAUUACAGUUUCAAGGAUUUGUGGCACUUAUGGAUAUAUGGCCCCAGAGUACGCCAUACAUGGAAAAUUGACAACAAAAUCUGACGUAUAUUCAUUUGGUAUGGUGUUGUUGGAAUUAUUGUGUGCCAAGAAGUUACGUACUUUUAGCCUGUAUGAAGGUGACGAGUACCCCCUUGACCGUUGGUCCAAAAGUAGCUGCAAAAGAGGAACCAUUGAUCAAGUCAUUGAUCCAUAUCUGAUUGGGAAAAUAGCAACAGAAUGCUUCAAGGAGUUUGUCAAGAUUGCAUUGAGUUGUAUUCUUUUUCAGGUAAUCCAACGACCCUCAAUGGAUGAUGUGGUAACGAGUCUCCAGUUAGCAUUGCAAUUGCAGGAGACUUGGGAGACUCGUAUCGAGAUUGGUGUUGAGUUAUCUAUGACCGAACCUAGUUCUUACAACGUCUUCUCUAUUGAUGAACUGAGCAACAACGUCUUCUCUAUUGAUGAACCGAGGAACUUCUUCUCUAGUGAUGAACUGAGCCAUCUUCCUUCGGAUGUAAGAUGGAGUGGAUCAAUAUCUGACUCGGAUUUUGAUGAGUUAAUCCGUUAGCAAAGAGUCCGUGCAUCUCUGUAAGAGAGCUUGAAUUUGGUUCUUUUCACUUGUGUAUAUGUAUGUCUUUGUUUCUUAUGUGUGUUUAGUAUCUUUUUUAUGUUUGUUAAGUUUAUUUAUACUACUGGUUAUGU